AUGGCCGACUACAGUACCUACCAUAGCUCUGGCUAUGCUGGCGCACCAGGGGAGAACCCAGAUAAACAGCAGCCGGUGGCCUAUUCCUAUCCGAACGCCUCUCCCAACCCGGCUCCACAGCCGCAACCCGGAAUACCAUAUGGAGGACCGCAACCUCCUCAGUUCGCUGCGCAGCCCGGCACAGGAUAUGCUCCGGGACUGAUACCUUCAACACCAGGUUUGCAAGGGAAUGCUAUGGGGGGGUUAGCUUCUCAAAUGGAAGGACUGGGAAUAACGUCAGACGCCGGCGCCCGUGGGCACAAAAAGAAGCAUCGCCAUGCGCAUCACGACUUUGGAGCUUCCGCCCCGCAUGAUCUGAACGCAUUCCCUUCGCAGCCUGAGCCACAACCACAGUUCCUGAAUACGGGGCUGAACCAACCAGCUCCAACAGCCUUUCCCGGAGUUCCCGCGGGCCAGAUACCAUCCAACAUCGCGCCGGGCACAGUUGCAGAUGGAGGUUAUCAGCCUACCGGAGCAGGGUCAGUUGCCACGCAAGGGAAGAUAGAUCCGGAGCAGAUCCCUAGUGUUCCUCGAUCGCGAGACCUCGCCGCCCAAUACUACUUUAACCAUGUCUACCCAACAAUGGAACGCCAUGUACCGCCACCUGCCUCGAUCCCGUUUAUCGCCCAUGACCAAGGAAACUCUUCGCCAAAGGUCGCGCGUCUGACUCUCAACAACAUUCCUGUCUCAUCCGAUUUCCUGAAUUCAACCGGCUUGCCUCUGGGGAUGAUUUUGCAGCCAUUGGCUAGGUUAGAUGCGGGCGAACAACCAGUACCAGUCAUAGACUUUGGCGAGAUAGGACCUCCAAGAUGUCGAAGGUGCAGAACAUAUAUCAACCCAUUCGUGACAUUCAAACACGGAGGCAAUAAAUUUGUUUGUAACAUGUGCACGUUUCCGAACGAUGUGCCGCCGGAAUAUUUUGCGCCAAUCGACCCAUCUGGAGUGCGUGUUGAUCGCUUGCAGCGACCCGAAUUGAUAAUGGGAACCGUCGAGUUCACGGUGCCUAAAGAAUACUGGGUGAAGGAGCCGGUGGGCUUACAACAGCUGUUUUUGAUCGACGUUAGUGUAGAGUCUGUGAAUAGGGGGUUUCUGAAAGGCGUGUGUGAUGGCAUCCUCAAUGCACUUUACGGCGAUGAAGAGGAGGAACAAACAGAAAGUACAGAAACCGAGCUCAGAAAAAUCCCUGAAGGGUCAAAGAUUGGUAUUGUCACAUUUGACCGAGAAAUUCACUUUUACAAUCUCUCCUCUCGCCUUGAAAAGGCUCAGAUGAUGGUGAUGACGGAUUUGGAGGAACCAUUUGUCCCCCUCAGUGAAGGUCUUUUCGUAGACCCCUAUGAGUCGAAGACCGUCGUCACUUCUCUACUUGAACAGCUACCGACUAUAUUCUCUCGCCUUAAGACUCCCGAGUCUGCUUUACUGCCCACGAUAAAAGCCGCCAUGUCUGCGUUACAGUCAACGGGCGGCAAGAUCAUUUGUUCUUUGGCUAGCUUGCCCACAUGGGGGCCCGGCAAGUUGGCUGUACGGGACAAAAGCCAAGCACCUGAUGGUGAAAACAAACUGUUUGCCAUUGAUAACCCGGAUUGGAAAAAUGUGGCCACAAAGCUGACAGAGGCUGGCAUUGGCAUUGAUUUCUUCGUGGCCUCGCCUGGCGGGAACUUUAUCGACUUAACAACAAUAGGGUAUACUGCAUCCAUUUCUGGCGGAGAAAGCUUCUUCUAUCCCAAUUUCCACGCCCCACGGGACGUGCUCAAACUAUCCCAGGAGCUAUCCCACGCGGCCACUCGCGAAACAGGCUAUCAAGCUUUGAUGAAAGUUCGAUGUUCCAAUGGGCUCCAGGUCUCAGCAUACCAUGGCAACUUUUUGCAACACACAUUCGGCGCCGAUCUUGAAAUUGGAAUCAUAGAUUCCGACAAGGCGUUGGGGGUGCUCUUCAGUUACGACGGAAAGCUGGACCCCAAACUCGAUGCACAUUUCCAAGCUGCGUUAUUGUAUACAUCAGCGAGCGGCCAGCGACGAGUGCGUUGUAUCAAUAUUGUGGCUGGCGUUAAUGAGGGUGGAAUCGAGACGAUGAAGUGUAUCGAUCAAGAUGCGGUCGUUGCCAUUAUUGCCAAAGAAGCUGCUUCCAAAGCCGGCGACAAGACCCUGAAGGACAUUCGCGCCAACAUUACGGAAAAGACCGUAGAUAUCUUCUCCGGAUAUCGCAAGAAUUUCUCCGGGUCGCAUCCUCCUGGUCAACUGGUUCUACCAGAAAAUCUCAAAGAGUUUUCAAUGUAUAUGCUCAGUUUGAUUAAGUCGAGAGCCUUCAAAGGUGGUAGCGAGACGGCAGACCGACGGGUGCAUGACUUGCGCAUGCUCCGUGGCAUGGGAUGCUUGGAAAUGUCGUUGUACCUAUAUCCGCGGAUCAUUCCGAUUCACAACAUGAGUGCUGAAGAUGGGUUUGCCAACGAGCAAGGCCAAUUACAAGUUCCUCCUACAUUGCGUGCUACGUUCUCCCGGAUUGAGGAAGGCGGAGCGUAUCUGAUUGACAAUGGACAAAACAUUCUGCUCUGGCUGCAUUCCUUUGUGUCCCCCAAUCUCCUUGAGGAUCUCUUCGGCCCUGGAUUUACAUCACUCCACGCAUUGGAUCCCAACACAUCAUCCAUUCCAGUUCUCGAGACUCAUCUCAAUGCCCAAGUGCGUAACUUACUCCAAUACCUGUCUACGGUGCGCGGAUCAAAGGCAGUCACCAUCCAACUGGCGCGGCAAGGGAUGGACGGAGCCGAAUACGAGUUUGCGCGAUUACUACUAGAAGACCGCAACAAUGAGGCGCAGAGUUACGUGGAUUGGCUGGUGCAUGUACACCGCCAGAUCAAUCUUGACCUGGCAGGACAUCGAAAGAAAGAUGAUGCUGUUAGUACAGGGGAAGGAGCGCUCUCUAGCCUUGCAGGAAUACGAGCGCCAUUGUGGUGA